GGGUCCAAGAGGAGUAUCAGUUUGACUGCUGCUCAUAGCCAGUCAUUGAUUAGCUUGUUGGAUAUUAGGACGGUCGUCUAACGGGGAAACACGGCGAUCCUUGGUUAGCUGAAGGCACAACCUUUUGGGAGAGAUGGCUGCAAUCAGGAAGAAGCUGGUUAUAGUGGGAGAUGGUGCGUGUGGGAAGACUUGUCUGCUCAUCGUCUUCAGUAAGGAUCAGUUCCCAGAGGUCUACGUCCCCACUGUGUUUGAGAACUACAUCGCUGACAUUGAAGUGGAUGGCAAACAGGUGGAAUUGGCUCUGUGGGAUACGGCUGGCCAGGAGGACUAUGACAGACUGCGGCCUCUCUCCUACCCCGACACAGAUGUUAUACUUAUGUGCUUCUCCAUAGACAGCCCUGACAGUUUAGAGAACAUUCCAGAGAAAUGGACCCCUGAAGUGAAGCACUUUUGUCCCAACGUCCCCAUCAUCCUUGUGGGCAACAAGAAGGACCUCAGAAAUGAUGACCACACACGCAGGGAGUUGGCCAAGAUGAAACAGGAGCCUGUGAAGUCUGAGGAGGGCAGAGACAUGGCCAACCGCAUCAAUGCCUUUGGCUACCUGGAGUGCUCGGCCAAGACUAAGGACGGCGUGCGGGAAGUGUUUGAGAUGGCCACCAGAGCAGCGCUGCAGGUCCGCAAGCGCACGAGGAAGGGCCGCUGCCUGUUACUGUGAGGGUCCGGGGAUCUGCUCGCUGAUCAGCAUCUGAGGGAGGACGCUCCCAGACACGCAGAACAAACUUAUAGAAACCUAAAAUCAGUGGCUUCCAUAGACUGUACCUCACAUUUAGGCAACUAUGAAAGACUGCCACAUCUGUUUAAAACAAAACAAAUCAGCUAUUUUUAGAUGUUUCCUUUCCAACUCGGUUGUUGCUCCUACCAUGUUUCCUGUAACCAGCACACCAGGCUGCUUGUGUGGAGGAUUGGACCCUUCCUUCUGUCUGAAUGUAUGUUUGUAUUUAAAUGCACAUAUUCUUUAAAAAGGCCAUGCCAUCUGCU